CGCUGAAGUUAAUCUAUCCGCUUCGCGGACACGAGUAUGAACCCAACAACGGUCCAAGGAAAUAAGAAGUCCAGAUAUCUGCACAUUGAUCUGAUUUUAUUUGGACAAUGAGAUUUAUACUGAGUCAUUGGAUUCCUUAUUACGUACUUAUUUCACGGUUGGCUUGCAACUGUGUUCAUGUGACAGUACAGGAAGAUAAGAAGUUUGCCAUGCUGUUUUCCUCUGUGGUGCUGCAAUGCCAGUACAACACCCACUCCAUCAAACCUCCUGUGGUGCAGUGGAUGUAUAAGUCUUACUGUACAGACCGAACCAGAGAGUCGUUCACCUUCUCUGAGACUCUGGGAGUCCAUGGCUCUAAGCUGGGGGACAAAAGCUACUUGGACUGCGCCGAUAAAAGUCGUACGGUCGUGGCCUCAAAGCAAGGAGACUCCUUUAACCUGGCUAAACAAUAUAAAGGCAGAGAUAUCUCCAUUAUUAACAAAGCAGACCUGCGUAUUGGAGAGCUGCAGUGGGGUGACAGUGGUGUGUACUUCUGUCAGGUGGUCAGUGGUGAUGAUCUGGAGGGCAGGAAUGAAGGCCAGGUGGAGCUGCUGGUGCUGGGUAAGACAGGUGUGCUGAAUGACAUCCUGCCUGAGUUUGAGCUGGAGAUAAUGCCAGAGUGGGUGUUUGUGGUAUCUGUAGCUUUGGGUAGCAUUCUGUUUCUGGUGGUGAUUGGGGUAUGCUGGUGUCAGUGCUGUCCCCACUCCUGCUGCUGUUAUAUACGUUGCUGCUGCUGCCCUGAUACGUGCUGUUGUCCGAAGCACUUAUAUGAAGCAGGUAAAAUGGCUAAAAGUGGACAGCCUCCUCAAAUUGCCAUAUAUCCACCAUACUAUGGUGUUCCUAUGGUUCCUCAAGUAGCACCUUCUCUGAUUGAGCCUAAGAUGCUUGCAGCACCACCUUCUGUGGAGAACAAUACAGCUAGAGCGGGUGGUGACUUCUGUCUCCAGGCCAGUCAGGUUCAGGACACAAUGAACGGUGUGUACUACAUAGAGAGAGACCUGGCAAAGUUCUAUAUGGACAAGUGGACAGGUCACACAUCUGGAAGUGUAUCAGAGCUAAGCUCCUUGCAUGAUGGUGAUGUGGACUUCAGGCAAACCUAUAGGCAGGUGCAAAAGAAAGCUCUGCCACCAAUCACUGACCACAGCAAUGAGCCCCAGAUCAACACAGCAUCCACAGCUCACAGACUUCGGCCCACACACUACAAAAGCAAUCGCACUGAGGAACAUGAUAGCCGGUGGAGCUGCCGCUCAGAGCAUCUUCCUAGGAAGGCCUUUGACACCAGGGGCCGCACAGGGUCUCUGGAUGAACUGGAAGAGUUUGCGAGGAGCUAUGGGCACCGAGCUGGACGGAGGGGUGACUUUCAUGAUCUCCGUGGCACUGAGCAAGAUUUUGACAUAGAACUGAGGUGCCAGAAUCAGUACAGGCCACGCAGUUUACGGGAUGAUGAUGAUGAUGAUGAUGCCAACUGGCGGCGCCAUAGCCCUCCUUUGUCUUCAGAAAGGAGGCAUUAUACCAACAGCGAAAGAUAUACUACUCGUAGACAGUCAUACAAUGAUGCCUACCUGACCUCUGUGCUGGAGCGUAAGGCAAGAGAGCAGGGGGAAUGUGGUGGACGGGUUUAUGAGGAAAGCGACACACCUUCAAAGAGCUCCAGAAAGAACAGUGACUGUUACUAUAGCAGAUCACCAAGCAACCGACCGGAGGAGGAUGAUUCCUUGCCACCAUACUGUGAGAUAGAUCGCUGCCGAACUGUGGAACCUGAAGAACAAGAGCGCAGUCGGACCAUGGAGCCAGCCAUAAGGCCAUUCUCCUACACUCGCCCUAAUCAAAGCAUGUCCCACACUCUUCAGGAGCUCAGGGAGGACAGGAACAGACCCAGAAAAUUGACCACCCAUCUAAGCAGAGACUCCCUCAUUGUCUGAAGUCCUUGAGUAUCCACGGUGCUGAUCACACUGGACUUACAUCGUACUAUUGUCAUGCAUCUACAGGGACAUGCACAAAGCAGCAUGAAUGUACACUAUAUACAACAGAGAAAUGAUGGCAUUGCAGCUUGGAAAUAGUAAUGAAGAGACCCAUAUGCAUUGUCAAUAUGUGUGUGUUUGCAAAAAAAUGCAUGAGUGUUUCAUGCAUGAAAGCACAUUCCUGUCAUUGCAUUUUAAAGCCAGUCACUCAUCUUAUUGGGACCUAUCAGUAUUUAGAUAUUACAGCCUGUAUUAAGAGAACAAAUCUGCAUUCUAUCAGCUGUGCAAAACCCUGUACACUGAAAUGACUUCAUAAAAUCUUGUAUCAAUUUCUUUCAAAUGCCUUGAUAUUGAAGUACUGUAUUUGUGUACCUAUUUUUUUUUAUUAUUGUUGUUGUUUUACAUGUUUGCACUAUAGAUACAUUUUGCAUUUCAGUGUUAAUCAGUUCUUUCACAUGGAGAGUAUGGAACAUUUUUUGAAAACACACCUUUGAGUAUUUCACAUGUUUUUCAAAUUAAAAACACCUUUAAUGUAAAUGCCGCCUCCUUUAA